AUGUUCAAAUUCAUCGCUGCUUGCUUCUUCGCUGCCUUGGCUGUUGCUGCUGCCAAACCUGCUGUGAUUGCUCCUUUGGCUUAUAGUGCUCCCUUGGCUUACUCUGCACCCUUGGCUUACUCUGCUCCUUUGGCCUAUGCUGCUCCAGCAGCGGCUGUUGUUGGUCGUGCCGCCUAUGUAGCUCCUUAUGCCUCCAGCUAUCAUGCCCACGCCAUAGCCCAUACUGCUGCCUUCCCUGCCGCUUAUGCUGCUGCUCCCGUCGUUGCUGCCGCCGCCCCAGUAGCCACUCAUUUUGCCGCACCCCUUUUAUUGAAGAAGUAA